GGGCAGAAGAAGACCUAAUGUACAACACACCCAGUCGGGAGGCAUGCCUUCUUUCCUGUCCGUAAUACCAUCGAUGUCAACUUUGGUACAACAUGGUGAUCGUCGGAAGGAGCCCCGUCGUCUAUGGCACGUGUUGUCCCGUCGUGGGAAUUUAUCAGGAAGGUCGGUUUGAGCUUUCGCCAUUUCAUGGAUUCCUGCGAUUUUCGCCAUCGUGCAGGAAGAUAACAUUCGAAAACAAAUUGCGUCAUAGCGUUGAGGCCCAGGCGCGUGGUGGCGGUGGUGGCCAGAAAUCUGGCGAACGACAAUGUAAGAGGGGGUUAUUCUCCUGGCCUGUCCAUCUGCGGUCGUCUAUUGCCUCGCUUCUAAAAUGUAGCUAUAAUUGUACAAUGUUUCCUGGGCGGAGCCACCUUUUUUCCUCUGAAAAAGAAGUGCAUCGCUCCUGGGCUCAGGCCAUAUAUGCCCGAGGUUUCUCAGGGUUGGCGAAGUCCACGGGCGCUCGGCUCUUCCACGACUCUUCCUCGCUACGCCGCAGCUCCUCCGUCGUUGUGCUGUACAGAACACAGUACGCAGUUCAUGGCUCUCGCGCCUUUUCGUUGUCCAGUGCCACGUAAAGUGAUUUCGUCCCGCUUGCUACGUUCUCAUCUCCUGGUCAUAAUCAAGACUGCCUUCCCCCAUAUACACAUUUAGUGGUUCUUGAUGAUGGUCAAGGAGUCGAGGGCCUCUCUCUCCUUGUUCUCGGCCUUGAUUUGCUCAAUGAUGGGGACCAAGUACGGGACAUCCUGUAGAAUUCACAUUGUCAGUGUAUGUCCUCAAUAUGUCGCACUGGUUUGCCCGGUAUUGUCCAGUGAGCGUGGUGUCUUUGAACACUAGCCCUCCCUCCCUGCAGUACGGGCUGCCGCGCAAAGGCCGCCUUGUUCUGCUGCUGCCUUGCCUCCUCGAUAAUGAAAAUG